AUGGUUGCUGUGGGAGAGGUCCUGCUGCUGGUAGGGUUAGUUCUCCCGGCCGCAGCCGUCAAGGUCGGCAGUCGCGAGGCGCUGUUGUCUUCUCAGACACUCCAGGUCCAGAAUGAGGUCGGAUACUGGCCCAUUGCGCCGACGACGCCCCCCAGCCCGCGGUUCGCGGCCGUGGCUUUCAAGAGACAGGCGAACACUGUGUGCGGAUACUACAGUAUAGACAACGAUCCAUUCGAGUGUGAUAGCGGCGAGACGUGUCUCACAGCAAACGGCUACUUUGGCUGCUCGAGCUCGUCGAGCUUGUCGCUGAUCACAGCUUGCAUUGACGGGAUCCAUACAAUAUGCAGUGACCUGAACAUAGGUCCCAGCACGGCCUGCUGGUUCGUCUCAACUUUUGCUUUUGCCUCACCCUUUGGCGAACAUGCGCUUUCAAUAUGUACUGUAAAGGGUGGCUCUUAUGCCACCAUCACGGGCUUUCAAUGCGGUAACUACCCUGUCGCGGGUCCCCAGCUUCUCCUCGAGACCCCACGUCAAUCGACAUCAGUAGAAAUCACCACCACGUCAACGUCGACCACGACAGCACCAGCCUCUGCCACCGACAACACUCUAUCCGAGACUGCGACACCAGACUCUGCUAUCGACAACACUCCUUCCGAGGCCACGACACUAGCUCCCUCUCAUGGUCUCUCGGGCGCGACUAUCGGUGCCAUCGCCGGCGGUGUCGUUGGCGGACUAGCCGUCAUAGGUCUUACCCUGUUUUGUAUUUUCUGGGUCUUCCUACGCGGCCACCGGGAAAAGGGCGGGGCUUCUGCCGCUCCUCCGACCGCCAUGGAUCAGCCAUACGUCUAUUCCGCAAUGCCUCCCUCCGGGACCCCCCACCAAACCGUCGCCGCGCCGCAGAGCCCCGUAAAGGAAGACAGCUGGCGUGUGUCCGAAGCGCCCGCCGUCAAUCCUCCGGGGAUGGGCAACAACGCCUCAGAACUUCCGUCACAGAAGUAUGACCAUAAUUGA